AUAAAACCCAUACACCCGGACCUCUGUAAGUCAUAGUCGCUUCAUUCUCAAACUGUUUAUAGUUUUAUUUCUUGCAUUCUCUGAAUCUAGCAGCGGAAAUGAGGCCACCAAGAGGACGUGGUGGACCAAGGGGCGGUGGCCGUAGCGAUGGCGGCGGUAGAGGAAGAGGAGGUUUCGGUGGCCGCGGUGGCGGACGAGGAGGUGACAGAGGUGGUUUCGGCGGCCGCGGCGGAAGGGGUGGAAGAGGUAGAGGCGGAGGUCGUGGAGGAGGAGGAGGAGGAAUGAAGGGAGGUAACAGAGUAGUUGUUGAGCCUCAUAGACAUGAAGGAGUGUUUAUUGCUAAGGGAAAAGAGGAUGCGCUUUGCACCAAAAACAUGGUUCCUGGAGAAGCAGUAUAUAACGAGAAGAGGGUUUCUGUUCAGAAUGAAGAUGGAACAAAGGUUGAAUACAGGGUCUGGAAUCCCUUCAGAUCUAAGUUAGCUGCUGCCAUUCUUGGUGGAGUUGAUGAAAUUUGGAUUAAACCUGGAGCUCGAGUAUUGUAUCUUGGUGCAGCAUCUGGAACCACCGUUUCUCAUGUCUCUGACCUUGUUGGGCCUGGAGGGGUUGUCUAUGCUGUUGAGUUUUCUCACAGGAGUGGUAGAGAUCUUGUGAACAUGGCAAAGAAAAGAACAAACAUCAUACCCAUCAUUGAAGAUGCUAGACAUCCAGCAAAAUACAGAAUGCUUGUUGGAAUGGUAGAUGUGAUAUUCUCAGAUGUUGCACAGCCUGAUCAGGCUAGAAUAUUAGCUCUGAAUGCUUCCUAUUUCUUGAAAGCUGGUGGCCAUUUUGUCAUUUCAAUCAAGGCAAACUGCAUAGAUUCAACCGUUCCAGCAGAGGCAGUGUUUGCUCAAGAAGUAAAGAAGUUGCAAGCAGAUCAGUUCAAACCAAUAGAGCAGGUCACUCUUGAGCCAUUUGAGCGUGAUCAUGCUUGUGUUGUCGGCACCUAUCGUGUCCCAAAGAAGGUGAAAGUGGCUGCUGCUGUGUAGUUUAACACCUGUUUUUUUUAUAUAUCUUUGUAGUUUACUACUUUUUUAGGAUCAAUG